AUGGCCAUUCACAGCGGCGUUCUCCAGUCCCUCGCUCGUUCCCUGUAUCCCGUCGCCAGUGUCCAUCCAGCGCUCAUCUCAGCCGUCCAUUCUGCAGCAGCAGCACUCUUAGUCGUUUCUGGAUCCGCGUUGGCACAGGAAUCGUCUCGCGUGCUCUCGUCUUCUUCCCGCCAGUUUGAGAAUUCAAAUUCCUCAAAUCCCUCCACAGCAGCCGCCAAAUCUUUGAACUCGUCCCUCCCUCACUCCCCUUCCCCUCAUUCCCUGUCACCUCACUCCUCCCCUCACUCCGUCCGUCCGUUUUCCACGAGCACCGCGGCACCACCAUCGUCCCCGUUUGCACGCCCCCCGCAUCAGCCAUUACCGCAGCACAAAGACCUCCUCCAGCUGCCGCCUCCCCCUCCUGUGCCGCAAAGGCGGGUCGUUGUCACAGGCAUUGGCAUGGUGACCCCUCUCGGCAUGGGCGCCACUGCCACGUGGCAGCGCCUGAUUGGCGGAGACAGCGCCAUCCGCGCCCUGACCCCAUCGGACAUAGCCGUUCCUGGCAUGACAGACAGCCUCGCCGCUGCUCUGCUCUCCCAGCUGCCUUCUCUCCCAUCUCACAUGCCCUCUGUUGUGCCUCCUCCUUUUGAGACGUCUGCUCUCCCCUCUCUCUGCGCUCCCCUCUCUCCCCUCUCUUCCCCCUCCCCUUCUCUCCACGCCCCCUUCCCGCCCCUCCCCCUCCCCUCGCCAGGCAUUGGCAUGGUCACCCCUCUUGGCGUCGGCUCCGCUGCCACGUGGCAGCACCUGAUUGGUGGAAACAGCGCCAUCCGCGCCCUGACCCCAUCGGACAUAGCCAUUCCCGGCAUGACAGACAGCCUCGCCGCUGCUCUGCUCUCCCAACUCCCCUCUCGCAUUGCCGGCGUUGUCCCUCCUGUUCCUCCUGCCCCUCCUGCACCACCUGUUGCUGCUAAUGACCGUCCCGACAGUCCUUCUGCUGCUCAUGCUGGGGUGGAAGGAGACAAAUCAGGUCUCGAGGGCAUGCCUCGGUUUGUGCAGCAUGCAAUAAGAGCGGCUGAUGAGGCCAUGAUGGAUGCCCGGUGGAUGCCGGAGGAGGAGGAGGAUCGCGUGAGAACGCAGCUGAUGAGAUGGAUGCGCAGUGGAUGGAUGCCGGAGGAGGAGGAGGACCGUGUGAGAACGGGAGUGUGUGUGGUGGGGGGAGGCAUCGGCAGCAUCAGUGGAGGUGUUUAUGGCAGCAGACAGGCAGGAUAUGCCCCUCUCUUUUCUCCCCCGCCUGCCCUCAUUCUCCCUGUGCCCUUAUUCUCGUCCCUGUCUCAACCAGGGAGUCUGUGUGCGUGGGAGGAGGCAUUGGCAGCAUCAGUGGGGUGGCAGCAGCAGGCAGGCAGCGUGGUGGCAGCAGCAGGCAGGCAGGAACUGGUGAAGGCGUAUGCCUGCCUCCUUUAUCCUCCGCCUUUCCAUCACCGUAUCCCCAUGCACUCCUGUCCCACCCACCCAGGGAGUGUGCGUGGGAGGAGGCAUUGGCAGCAUCAGUGGGGUGGCAGCAGCAGGCAGGCAGGAACUGGUGAAGGCAUAUGCUCGUUCCCUUCAUUCUACCACCCUGUCUCACCCAGGGAGUGUGUAUGGGGGGGGUGCAUUGGGAGUAUCAGCGUGGUGGCAGCAGCAGGCAGGCAGGAACUGGUGAAGGCGUAUGCCUGCCUCCUUUAUCCUCCGCCUUUCCAUCACCGUAUCCCCAUGCACUCCUGUCCCACCCACCCAGGGAGUGUGCGUGGGAGGAGGCAUUGGCAGCAUCAGUGGGGUGGCAGCAGCAGGCAGGCAGGAACUGGUGAAGGCAUAUGCUCGUUCCCUUCAUUCUACCACCCUGUCUCACCCAGGGAGUGUGUAUGGGGGGGGUGCAUUGGGAGUAUCAGCGUGGUGGCAGCAGCAGGCAGGCAGGAACUGGUGAAGGCAUAUGCUCGUUCCCUUCAUUCUACCACCCUGUCUCACCCAGGGAGUGUGUAUGGGGGGGGUGCAUUGGGAGUAUCAGCGUGGUGGCAGCAGCAGGCAGGCAGGAACUGGGAGUGUGCGUGGGAAGAGGCAUUGGCAGCAUCAGUGGAGUGGCAGCAGGCAGGGAUUGGUGAAGGCAUAUGCUCGUUUCCUUCGUUCUGCCCCUUUCUGUCAUUCCCCCUGUUUCCCUCAUCCUACCCCACCCAGGGAGGAGGCAUCGGCAGCAUCAGUGAGGUGGCAGAGGCAGGCAGCGGAGUGUGUGUGGGGGGAGGCAUCGGGAGCAUCAGCGAGGUGGCAGCAGCAGGCCACCUUCUUUUUGAGCAGGUGAGUGCAAUGGAGGGGGGGGCGGGGUUCGUGCAAUGGAGAAAGAGGUCGGGGUUUAAUGGGGCAGUUGGGGGGUGUAGGGGGAGAGAGGAGGCAUCGGGAGCAUCAGCGAAGUGGCAGCAGCAGGCCACCUUCUUUUUGAGCAGCAUGGCUGUCGUGAUUCCUGUAACCUUCCCCCCCUCCCCCCCCCCUCUCAUCCCAACUCCUUCCGGAGCAGAAUCACAGGCGCAUAUGAAAACCUUAAAAGCCCAGCUGAGGCGCAUUUUGCCGCCCUUUGGCCCACGCAUUCUCUGUGUGCCCUUCCCUCCCGCCUCCUUGAGCAGAAGCCCAGCUGAGGCGCAUUUUGCCGCCCUUUGGCCCGCGCAUUCUCUGU